CCGCCGCCGAGCCUGGAAGCGGGAGCGGGUGCAAGGCCCCCGGAGGCGCCCGUGGAGCCCGACCGUGACGGCCCCAGGGAGGAGGACGAGCCCAAGUUGGCGCCCGGACCGCAGGUAGGAGCGAGCGAGGGGAGUCCGGCUGCUCCGGCACUUUCACCUCCCGGGAGCGGGGCCGGGGUGAGCUUGGGGAUGGACCAUCCUCUACUGACUGGGACUGAGGCUGACUCCCCUGAGGCUGGAGUGGAGGCUGGACCCUUCUCUCCAAGCCGAAGCGUGGCCCGUCCUGUCCUGUGACCAGGGCUGCCUGCCCUCUCCCGCCGCCUCCGGGCUGGAGCAGGGGCUAAACCUUCUGGUCGUAUACCCGCACUGGGACUGGGGCUCUGCUCCUGAGGCCACAGCUCAGCUCUCUGCCCUUCACCUCCCCCUGGGCCCACCUGCUCCCCCACCUACCCACAGGCCAGCCUGGAGCGCUGUGGCCUGCACGGCUGCAGCCUCUUCCCUCUCCCCGCCCCGGGAGCGGCCCCACCCUUUCCCCCACACUGCCUGCAGCCACUGCCCCCUCAGCAGCUGCGUGCCCCCAGCAUAUGUCUCCUGUGGCCUCCCGCCUCUGCCUACCCAGCCGAGCAGUUGGAGCAGACAGCCAGGCUGCCCACAAGACUAUUUGGUGGGGCUCCUGCACUGAAGCGUAAACCUAGCAAAGCCUGCCCUUUUCUUCCGUCUAUACUUCUGACCCAUAAGGUGGCCCACCCCAACCCUCAGGUCCCUGGGUUUGGUGAAUCCUGCUGAGAGUGAGCAGUAGCAGGACUCAGCAAAGCUUCCAGCUUGCCACCUGGAAGAAGGUCACUUUCUUUUGAGCAAAGGAGAUAAUGGGAGGUACCCCGCCAGUGUUCACUGAGAGCCCGGGGUGGCAUGAGCCACAGUUGCUCUGGGAGGGUUGUGGCACCUGGGGCUGGGUGGCUCGCCCUAAGCUUGCUCUGACGAAAGAGUUUUGAGUUGGUCUUUUGGCUGAGCCUGCCAAGGAAGGCAGGCUCCUGCAGGAGUCUUGGAGGGUCGGAUGCAGCGCCGGAUGAGGAUGAGGCGUGGCGGAAGAUGCGUUUGGCUCUGCAGACACUGCAUCGGGCAGCAGGGGACUCUGGGAGGCUGGUGCAGCCAGAAGGCAUGGCUCUUGACAGCCUUCUAGUAGAAUCUCUGGAAUUGUGCAUAUCACAAAUAAGAUUUUUAAUUAAUGAAAAUGUCACCACUUAUUGAGUGUCAGAAGCCCCACCUUCAUCCCCACCCCUACCCUGGGAUGCAACUCCUCAGGACAGAAGAGGAAAGAAACUAACGGGUAUUGAGCACCUACUGUGUGCCAGGCCCAGGCCAGGUUCCCCCCACCUCCACCCAGUCUGUGCAGACUUGUUGCCUGCUAUGUCAUCGGGAGCGCAAAGGCUGGGAAGAAGGCCCUUCCCAAAACGGACUGGUGUUGCAGGGUGAGAAGCUGCCCCCUGACUUCAUGCCAAAGCUUGUCAAGAAUCUCCUAGGCGAGAUGCCUCUAUGGGUCUGCCAGAGUUGCCGAAAGAGCAUGGAGGAAGAUGAAAGGCAGACAGGUCAAGAGCAUGCAGUGGCGAUCUCCUUGUCACACACAUCCUGCAAAUCACAGUCUUGUGGGGGUGACUCUCAUUCCUCUUCGUCCUCCUCUUCAUCGUCCUCGUCCUCCUCCUCCUGCCAUGGGAACUCAGGGGACUGGGAUCCCAGCUCCUUCCUGUCAGCACAUAAGCUCUCGGGCCUCUGGAACUCUCCGCACUCCAGUGGGGCCGUGCCGGGUAGCUCACUCGGGAGUCCUCCUACCAUCCCUGGAGAGGUUUUCUCUAUCUCGGAGCACCACCGGCACUCAGACCUCACUGCUCCACCUAACAGCCCCACUGGCCACCACCCCCAGCCAGCGUCGCUGAUCCCAUCUCACCCCGGAUCCUUCGGCUCACCACCCCACCCACACCUGCUGCCUGCUACCCCAGCAGCGCCUUUCCCUGCCCAGGCUUCAGAAUGCCCUGUUGCCGCUGCUGCCGUCCCCCACACCCCAGGGGCAUGUCAGACCCCCCACCUGCCCUCCACCAGCAUGCCGCUCCUGAAGAUGCCUCCACCAUUCUCGGGGUGCAGCCACCCCUGUAGCGGGCACUGCAGCGGGCACUGCAGCGGGCCUCUCCUUCCACCUCCCAGCUCUCAGCAGCUCCCUAGCACUCACAGCAGGGACCCUGGGUGCAAGGGGCACAAGUUUACACACAGUGGCCUGGCCUGCCAGCUGCCCCAGCCCUGCGAGGCAGAUGAGGGCCUGGGUGAGGAAGAGGACAGCAGCUCAGAGCGCAGCUCCUGCACCUCAUCCUCCACUCACCAGAGAGAUGGAAAGUUCUGUGACUGCUGCUACUGUGAGUUCUUCGGCCACAAUGCGCCACCCGCUGCCCCGACGAGUCGGAAUUAUACAGAGAUCCGAGAGAAGCUCCGCUCGAGGCUGACCAGGCGGAAAGAGGAGCUGCCCGUGAAGGGGGGCGCCCUGGGCGGGAUCCCUGGGGAGCCCGCCGUGGACCACCGAGAUGUGGAUGAGCUGCUGGAAUUCAUCAACAGCACGGAGCCCAAAGUCCCCAACAGCGCCAGGGCCGCCAAGCGGGCCCGGCACAAGCUGAAAAAGAAGGAAAAGGAGAAGGCCCACUUGGCAGCAGAAGCUCUAAAGCAGGUGAAUCGUAGUGUUUCCGGAAGCCGGGAACCAAGGCCUGCCAGGGAGAGGCUCUUGGAGUGGCCUGACCGGGAGCUGGAUCGGGUCAACAGCUUCCUGAGCAGCCGUCUGCAAGAGAUCAAGAACACUGUCAAGGACUCUAUCCGUGCCAGCUUCAGUGUGUGUGAGCUCAACAUGGACAGCAAUGGAUUCUCUAAGGAGGGGGCUGCUGAGCCAGAGCCCCAGAGCCUAUCCCCCUCAAACCUCAAUGGCCCCUCAGAGCAACGGCCUGACAUUAACCUUGACCUGUCCCCUUUGACUUUGGGGUCCUCUCAGAACCACACAUUACAAGUUCCAGGUGAGCCAGCCCCACCGUGGACAGAAAUGAGAGGCUCUCACCCACCAUGGACAGAGGUGAGGGGUCCCCCUCCCGGUAUCAUCCCUGAGAAUGGGCUAGUGAGGAGACUCAACGCCGUGCCCAACCUUUCCCGGGUGAUCUGGGUCAAGACACCCAAGCCAGGCAACCCUAGCCCUGAGGAGCCAAGCCCAAAGGAGGUUCCCAGUUGCAAGCCGGAGCUGCCCGAGCCUGUGGCCUCAAGUGGGAAGCCGCGGAAAGGCAAGAGACAGGGCAGUCAGGCCAAGAAGAAUGAGGCGAGCCCAGCCCCCCGGUCCCCAGCCAGCCUUGAGGCUCCCAAUGCCAAGGGCCACACUCCCAGCUCCAAGCAGCCAGGCAAGGCCCCGGAGCCUCCCAAAGUGGGUAGCUGUGCCGAGGCUGGAGAGGGGAGCCAGGGGAGCCAGCCAGGAUCAGGCUGGGCUGGCAGCCCCAAAGCCGAUGAGAAGGGCAGUUUCUGGCUAAACUGGCCAAGCGAGGCCAAAGCGCGGCCUCUGGAGCAGGAGUCCGUGCAGCCCCCAGGCCCAGCAAGGCCACAGAGUUUGCCACAAGGCAAGGGCCGCAGCCGCCGGAGCCGCAACAAGCAGGAGAAGACGGCCGCCUCCUUGGACGAUGUGUUCCUGCCCAAGGACAUGGAUGGGGUGGAGAUGGAUGAGACUGACCGGGAGGUGGAGUACUUCAAGAGGUUCUGUUUGGAUUCUGCAAAGCAAACUCGUCAGAAAGUUGCUGUGAACUGGACCAACUUCAGCCUCAAGAAAACCACCCCCAGCACAGCUCAGUGAGCCCCUGCCGGGUCGAGCUUCUUCAGGGUGUCCUGAGACCCCGACUGCCAGCUGAAGAUCUACAGUCUUCUCCACAUCCCUUCCCACCUGCCCAAGAUCCUCCCUGCUCCUCGCCAUCCUGGACCAACCAAAAGUUGAAUGGAUGCUGUGCCGUGCUGGGGCCCCUCAGGACCUCAGCAGAGCCGCUUCCUGGUGCUAUGCAGCCUCCUCACUCGGAGCCUGGGGGCUGGACUGGCCUGGGGGCCGGGGGCUGAUGGUACUGCUGGCCCAACACUGCUCUCUUUGUGUUUGGUUUUGUUUUUGUUCUUGUUUUUCAAUUCUUUACUUUUGAUACUGUGAAGAUCUUUCCUGCGAAAGAUAAAGCAACAUUUGGACACAGA